AUGGAUGUCGAGGCCCAGAUGUCCCUGAUGUGGGGGCACGUGCUUCCCUCAGUAGUCAUCUCCCAGCAGGCAUUGCCGGAGACAGAGAAGGAGAAGCAAACACCGGGCGAAAAUGCAAAGCGCAAGCCACAGAGCCAGGGCGUGAGGCCGUCGGGCAAGGGCGGCGGAAAAGCUCGAAGUCGACAGCGAGGCAGCGGUUGGGACAACACGCGGAGCGCACCGACGCACAAUCAGCAGAACAACCAGCAGGAGCUCCUGGAGAUGGCGAUCAAGCUGAUGCUCAGGCACGAGGCAUUCCUCAGCCGACUACAGAUGGACAUGGUAUACAUCUUCACCUUCAAGAAUCAGCCCGGUGCCCCCGACGCCCUUCUUCCCACUCUCUAUCAGGUCUCGCUGGAAUGGCGCAACAAGUACCAGGACAACCCCUCAGCUCUGAACCGAUCUCUGAGAGUGACCAUCUUGCUUUGCCUUCUGACCGAGCUAAUGAAAAGGGUUCGGCGGCUCACGGACGAUGCAGCGGGGGAGGCAUUGCAGGUGAUGAAGAAUGCAGGCUGGUUGACAUCCGAGACACAGUGCGUGUAUCAAGUCUGGAGCCACUCGGAGAGCAAACUACAGACGGACGAAACCCGGGGCACCAUGUCCAUGAUGGCGGCGAUCGAGUUGCUACAGAGCAUGCUGAACCUGCUCGACCAACCAGAGAUCUUGUUAAAGUUUGCGGCGACGCGACCGCUUGCACAGGAGAUGAGCGGACAUCAAAUCUCCUUCAUUUGCGAGGUGUCGCUGAGGCACCAAGCUGCGGACAAGCUUUACACGCAAAUGGGCAAGCUGAUGGGUCAUGCUAUGCUGCACCUGUCAGGUGAGCGGGAUUUUCACAUGGGCAGGCUCAAUAUUGCUUUUCAUGCAUUGCUACAACAACAGAUGAAUCGCAUCUCAGUGCCAGGGCUAGUGCCAUGGCGACUGGCAUUGAUGACUUGGCCUCAGCCUCAACGUCAACAUGACGUGGUGGAGUUUGCUUCAUUCAUCCUGGAACAGGCGAGCGCAGUUUCCUUUGAUGGGGCAUGGGAGGCGCGUGUCAUGGACCAUGUAUGUUGGUCGGCAGAUGGCGGCAGCCUUGAAAACCCGAUCUCGCUGGAACUUGUAGCCUCAGGCUCACUACAACAUGCUAUUUCUGGUUGGCACCAACAGGUGUACCCAAUCAACCGACAGGCAUACCCGCAUGCAUUGAGUAGCCCUCCUCGCAUUUUAUGCUUGCGACUCAACAGGUUUUGUGAACGAGAUGGGGGAGUGCGGAAAGAUCAGAGUGCGAUCAUGCUGAGGCCACGUCUAUGUGUGACGAUGCCACUUUUUGCUGAUUCACAUGCUGUUCGAGUGGUUCCCAUUCGUUACAUGCUCACGGCGGGCAUCUACCACUUGGGUGAGAGCCCUGAUGCAGGCCAUUAUCGUGCAUUUGUGAGUGGCUAUUCUGAGCGCAACAAGAAGAAGUUUCACGUAUUUGAUGAUAAUGUUCAGGCUGUCAUUGCUACUGACAGUGAUGUGCAAACGUUAAGUCGUAAUUGUUACUUAUUGUUUUUCGUUAGGCUUACUUCUCAGUCCUGA